AUGAAGCGCUCCACAAGACCACCAGGCAAUGAUGUCAAAGCAACCACCGCCGCCGUCGUGGGCGAGUCCGACUUCAUGUCGGAUCUCUUUGCCGAUCUCGACGCGUCCAUAUUUUCCCAACCACCUUCCUCGUCACCAAAUGGAGUUCGUACACCGACCAGUAGUGCUGGUCACUCCAGCUCUGCUCCUAGACGUGCGUCGUAUGCACCACGGGACCGGGACCGCGUCGUCGUCGCUUCCACCUCGGCAUCGACGUCAGCCUCGAGCUCAGCCGCCUCGACCAGCGCACGCACCUCGGUUCGGAAAACCUCCCCACCAGUUCAGAAACGAGCCGUCUCACUCCGGCCGGAAGAGUUUUGGAACGAUUCCUUGUCAAGACCGUACGCAAGACCCGCUUUGGUCAAUACCGCGACGUCGACAUCCAAGCCGUCACUCUCCGUUUUUGUCGCGAAGAAGCGAAAAUCCGACGGUCUCGACGGCGUCCAAGGGAUCAUCAAGUCGCGCGAACGAAGCAUGUCCACUGCGGCGACUAGUCUCAAGCUCAAAGGGAAGGAAAAAGAGAACGCACCCGUUCGUGACGAUCUAAAUCGCCAAGCUCCGAACAUCAAGCGUGGGAUGGCUUGCACAUCGGAAUUCAAGCUUGACGUGACCUCGGAGGAUUUGCUGGAAGGGAUUGACUUUGAUGACUUGAUGGACCACGAUGAUGACGAAGAUGAGGAGGUUAGUCGUUACCUAAUGGAACAUGUACGCUAACACCGGCCAAAGCUGAUCCAUGGCACAUGAACUUGUAGCCACCACCACCGAGGAGUAAAGACUUCGUCAGAUGUGUCGUGGAAGCAAUUGAGGAGGGAAUGGGGCCUAAGCGAACGCUGGUACGCAUCCUUACCGGAUUUGAAGCAGAUUAAACGCUCGAACUCAUCGUCCUGAGUACCGUUUGCAGAUCUUAGAAGUCUCGAGCGAGAGAUUCGAGGACCGACGGCAGGUUGUUCUGGCGGAUGACUGGAUUCAAUCCGUCGUUGAAGUUGGUGAGUCCCGCCGGCUCUUCGAAAGAUGCGAGUGAAGUCUGAAGAACUUUGUAUUUAUGAUCAGGGCACACCAUAAACGUCGUUGGACCGUUCGAUCUGGCCGCAUCUCCCUCCGCCAUCAUCGAUCGUCUGUCAGGCUACCUCAUCCUUCACCCCGACAUCCUCGUCUCGUCGACCAAAGUCGCCGACUCCGCGCAGUGCUCACGCAAGGCCUUGCUGCAGGAGAUUAUCCGAUCAAGCGAGGGAACGAAUUCUUCUCUCGUGUAUGGCAACAUGCUUCACGCGCUCAUGCAAGCUUGCAUGCUUGACAAUCGGUGGGACGACGAGUACAGAAAGGAGAAGAUCCAGAGCAUUGUUCAGAGCCAGAUGCAGACCUUGUGGAGCAUGAACAAACCGGGACCGAUCGAAGCUGAACGUGCAACAGAGGAGAUGUGGGAGAAGAGCAAGGAGUUUGAGCAAUUCGGCCACAUCUUUGUUGGUGAUAAUCCAUCGGUGCGUUCCGUGGCAAGCUCACUCCAGGGCUGGGGUACGGACAGCUAAUUUCGCGAUGACUUCACUUGUAGCUUCGAGCAGCGUUGCCAGAUGCUCACUCGGCUCGUGGUGGUUCAACGGCGCGAUUGGCCAUCAAUAGAGGUCUUGCCAUCGAAGAGGAUAUCUGGUCACCCCGAUUCGGUCUCAAGGGCAAGAUCGACAUCACCGUUGCAGGAAAGAUUGCGGAAGGCCCCUUCACGCGACUCGGCACCUUCCCCUUCGAGAUCAAAACGGGCAAAUCCUCGGCCGGGAUGGAACAUCGUGCUCAGACGAUGCUGUACACCCUUCUCAUGACGGAUCGAUAUAAUGAAGCGAUUGAGUCGGGAUUGCUGUACUACACGCAGUCGAAUGAGGUGCUGCGCAUCCAGCCUGCCCGGAAUGAACUUCGGGGUUUACUCAUCGCUCGGAAUGAGUUUGCGACGUUCCUGCAUCGACGGCUGUCUCUAUCCGCAGGCAAGACGUGGCUUUCAUCCACUCCCAAGAUCGAAGAUGAAGAUGGAGAGGGUCCGAAACCGGUGGUCACCCUCGCCGCGACGGCCAAUGAUGUGCCAGCGAGCUCGCAAAUGUCAGCAUCCGAGGCGGCGCUUUGGGCAGAUGCGACACCCCCGAGCGCAGCCGAUGCCAAGCCCGUCGAACUCCAGGAUCGACUCUUGCCCGAGCCUAUAGAUGAAGCGAGGUCUUGCAAGCGAUGCUACGUCAGAGAUGCGUGUAUGCUUUAUCGACGGGUGAGACAGUCUGUUGUGGUAGGUGUUCAUGUAGUAGGAACUGACGAGCUGAACUUCUUCGGCAGGCAUUCGACGGUGACACCGAAGUCACGAAUGAUGACUCGAACGGCUCUUUGCAGCAAGUGUAUGAGGACCAAACUUCUAGUUUGACCGAUACGCAGCUUGCCUUCUUCCGGACUUGGGAACGUCUCAUUACCCUCGAAGAACAGGAGAUGAUCAAGUUCAAGAAAGAGAUUUGGACAAUCGGGGCUAAGGAGCGUCAAAGGCUUGGACGGUCAGUCUUCCUUCCUGCGGUUUACUCUUUCAACUUGGAACUGACGCGGGCUCCUCUUUAGAUGCCUGGCCAACAUGGCGAUCGAUACUGCCGCAGAAACACCCGUCCCAGUAGAAGGCGCUCCCCGCGUGCAUACGUACACGUACUGUCUUCGCCGCGCCACAGCGCUCUGCACACAGGCGACGUCGACCCAACGCGCAGCCGAUUCAUUGUUGGGCGGAACGAUCUCCGUCAACGACCCGAUCGUCAUCACACUCGAACAACCCUUCGUUCUCGCCAUGUCCCGUGGCUUCGUGCUCGAAAUGUCGGCCCAUCAUAUUGUCGUUGGAGUAGAUCAUUCGUUGACGGACUCACCGCUGCUCGCUCGAGCAAGAAAGACGAAGUCGGACCAGGGUCAGAUCUACCGUAUCGACAAGGACGAGCUUGCCGCCGGUAUGGGUCGAAUUCGAGACAACCUUGUGCAGUUGUUCGUGCCCGGCGGAGACGAGCGUCGUCGCGAACUCAUCGUCGAUCUCGUUGAGCCGCAAUUUGACGAGUUGCGUCCGGUGGUCGACGAGGCAGAACUCGUUACCCAUUCCGAUCUAAACGAGGAUCAAGCACGAGCGAUCGACAAGGUUUCCCGAGCUCGAGACUAUACCUUGAUCCUUGGGAUGCCGGGUACAGGCAAGACGACGACGAUUGCUGAACUGCUGAAAGCGCUGACGAAGAAGGGCCAGUCGGUGCUUUUGACGAGUUACACCCAUUCGGCGGUCGACAACAUCUUGCUCAAAGUGAAGGAUCAAGGGCUCGGUAUCUUGCGUCUUGGGAAUCGAGACAAGGUGAGUCCGAGAAACCUUGCUGGGGUACUGCCAUGAGACUGACUCUCCUUGUACCACAGAUCAUGCCCGACCUGCAUCAUCUCACCCUAGAUCCUCGCGACCCUGCGACCAACUUGGCUCAACUUGACAACCGGUUCAUGACCCCGCAAAUCAUCGCUACAACUUGUCUUGGCAUCAACGAGUAAGUCGAGACAUUGUUUCUUGGCUCUUCUGAACGAAGUUUGAGGCUGAUCUCGACCUUCCCAGGCACAUCUUUUUGAAACGCCGAUUCGAUGUUUGCAUUAUUGAUGAGGCGGCUCAAGUCACCCUGCCGACUUGCCUCGGGCCUUUGCGCUUCGCUGAUCGCUUCGUCCUGGUUGGUGAUCACAAUCAGCUCCCUCCCCUUGUAAGUGUUUCACGACAACAUAAAUACGCACCGACCCAUUUCGGCUGAUGCUGAUGAUUGAUUCUACACCAGGUGCGUAACCCCGCCGCUCAUGAAGGCGGGCUCGACGAGUCGCUCUUCGCUCGUCUAUCGAAGGCGCACCCCUCGGCCAUCGUCAACCUCACGAUUCAGUACCGCAUGAACCGUGACAUUAUGCUGCUCUCGAACCGACUCGUCUACGAUGGUGAACUUCGUGUCGGUUCCGAUUCUAUUGCGGAUCGUCGAUUGGCUCUGCCAGGGUGGGAACGACUUGAAGAGGGGUGGUGCAAAGACGUCGUCGACCCGAGAAAGACGGUCGUUUUCGCUGAUACGGAUCUAUUGCCUGCGCGUGAGAGGAAGCAAGGAUCUUUGAUUGACAACGAGGGCGAAGCACGGAUCGUUAAAGAGGUGAGAAGAUGACUGAAGCCCUUAUCCCGGCCGCAUGUGCAAGGCUGACAGGUCAGGUUCCCGAAAUUCAGAUUUGCAAGUCUUUGAUCGAGUCUGGCCUCGAAGCGACCGAACUCGGUCUGAUCGCGCCCUACCGCCAUCAAAUCAAGCUGCUCUCCUUCCAUCUGGGUUCGACCUACCCGGAAAUCGAAAUUCUCACCGCCGAUCGUUCGCAAGGACGUGACAAACUUUGCAUCGUCAUGUCGUUGGUACGCUCGAACGAAUCAGGCAACGUUGGGGAUCUGUUGACCGAUUGGAGGAGGUUGAAUGUCUGUUUGACGCGAGCCAAGGCCAAACUGAUCAUUGUCGGUUCACGCAAAACGCUGAAGCACGUCGAGGUACUGAGGCGGUUGUUCGAUAUUUUCGAGGAUGAGAGCCGUCAGUGUAUUUACGAGUUGCCGAAGACCACGCUUGGAGAAGAGGUUCGAGACGAGGCAGAAGCUCCUGAAGGAGGGUCGGAGAAGAGGGCCCAAGUCGUUGGACCUGGGGCCAAGUUGAUGCAGAGGGCUUUCGCGAGUGACAUCGCCAACUGCUUGUAG